AUGUCGGAAUCCACUGAAAUUGCUGUGACAAUAGUAACGUCAGUGCUUAUCAUCACAAGUAUCGCCGGAAACUCUUUUGUUUGUGCCAUUAUUAAGAAGAAUCGAGACAUGAGGUAAAUACAUGGUCGCCUUGUACAAAGCUAUGGAGUGAUACUUCCAACUCCCCUUAACCACUUGAUACCACUAUAUUGUCAUUUACGCAUACAACUGAUGAAAAGAAGGCGAAUAACUUAUAAAUAAACAGUAGAUAAUCCCAAUUUAUGGAACCCCAGAUUUUUCGAAACUCUAACCAAACCUAUCUUUCUUUCGCCAAUCAAUCACCUUUAUUUAUUUAUUUAUUUAUUUAUUUUUUUUUUUUUUUGGGGGGGGGGGGGGAAAAUUAUGGUUGCUUCCUUUCCAAUCUUUCGCCUCUUAUCGCUAUUUUCGAAAAAAUGCCGUGAUAUACCACGUUACAAUGCGUUGAGUAACUUUACCAUUUCAUUUCACAGAAAUCCCAUAGAUUACUUACUGGUGAACCUCGCGGUAGCGGAUAUCAUCUAUACAACAUUUUCUUUACCAGGCGUGGUGUUGGGAUACACUAACAGUCACCCAGAGGGAGUGACUGGCAAGGUGUUUUGCAUAGCACUGACACGGGGAACCAUUACAUGGGUCGGGGCUUUUUCUUCAGUCUUAACUCUGGUUGCUAUUGCCACGGAACGAUACUUAAGCGUUAUAUACCCUGUUGGCGGCAAAGGAAAAUUUACCAUGCGAAGACUGAAGGUAUGUUGCAGUUUCAACACCCAACAAUAAGCCAGCGCUGUUUGGUAAAUGCAUAACGAAGAUGAGUAAGUUGAAAAAAAAUUCAAAGAAUGAUCAUUCAACUCAAAUCAGGAAUUUAAGUUAGCAUUAGCAGCGCAUAAAAUAGGGAAAUUAUAAGAAUCCCUAACCAAAUGCAACAAAAUGUACUGAAGUGAAUUACCGUAGAGUAUCUAUGAGUGUUGCAAUAUUCUAACUCUACCGGAUAUCCGCUAUCUAUGAACAGCAACGGCAGACAAUUAAAACAAGUCUUUCACACACAUGGAACAUCAUGCCUUAGCUUUUGGCCGAGAGGGUUUGGUGAACUAAAUCGUAGUCCUCACUACUGAAUAUUUACUUCCGUCUCAAUCCAGUCCUCGCUCCUACUUUUUCACUUGUGGCACAGAACGCUUCACUUUGGAGAACAGCGUGGCACAGCACAAAGUAAAAGCUUUGUAAAUAAAUGAAAAUGUAAAUUCUUAGCAGAGUUCGAUUUAACCUAAUUUUGUUUUUAUAUUCCAUUCCUAGAUCAUUAUACCUUGUUUUUGGGUCUUUUCUUUAUUUUUGCAAAUCCCGGGAGUUAUAAACAUGGCAUUAGACAAUGAAUUCAGAAAACGAGAAUCAAAGUUCUGCACCAUGAGGCCGCUUUCCUACAAAAAUUGGCUACGCAAAGGUUCUUUUUUCUUAUGGUUUUCCAUGGUUGUUAUUUCGAUUGCGGUGAUGAUUGGGUUAUAUUCCAGAGUCGUGUACUCCUUGUGGACCAGGAACAACAACGUUGAACUCACACAUCGACAGAAGGUAGGUUUUUGUCACGUAUCAAAACCUUAAUACAUAGAAACGCUUAGGCUUAAGCUCCUCUGAUAAGAUUUAGUGAAGCUUAUCCAAUGUUCUUUCUGAUUAUACUUCUGUCUUAAUAGCUAGAGUUAUUUUACUUUCCCUUGAAACAGAUAGCGGAGUACUACGCACUAUCUGCUAGAUUCAUAUUCCCAAUAACGCACCUUGUUUUCCCCAAAUAUUUUGCCAAAGUUUGUUUUCAAUUUUUUUUAAGGUACGGUCACCAGUCCCAAGAAAAAUUGAAAAUGAUGUCAUGCAAAAUUUUGUGGGGGAAAACAAAUUGCUUUAUGGGAAUGAUAUUUUCUUUUGUUUACUUGUUAACUAUUUGGUACUGUUUGUCCGAUACUGUUCCACGGUUUAAUUAAUAUAUAUCUAUAACUAAGAUAAUACGUAAAAAAUGCUUGUUUUAUUAUUCAAAUACAUACCAAUUCCAAUCAGAAAAUGGUCGACGACACGCUUGUGACUCAACUGAUAUUCAAAUAUUACUCAAUGGUAACAGAGAUUAAGGUUGAGGCCGCGGGGGACACCUAUAUAUCUAUAAAUAAACUCAUGAGGCAUUAUUUUGCUUAUGCUAUUUCUUUUAAAACGCUUAUACCUCGGCUGUAUUAGAGGCGAUUUAGAUAAAAUUUAACACAGAAAUUUUGGAAUGACGGAAGUUUUGGAUGGUUGUUUUAUAUUUGGUAGAUCGCACUUAAUGCUUUAAGCCACACUUGUACCAAAUUGAUCUCCUCACUCGAAUUUGUAACUAUCUUAUUUAAUGUUACACCUUAUACUACAUCAGACUUUCCUCAACAUACAGCUCCACGAACGUCGAACUGUCAAUCUACAGAAUUUAUCACGUCUACUUACUAAAGAGCGUUUUAACAUUACACAUUUUCGUUAUUCUUAUAAAUAUAAAGACUUAGAUGCCUUCUCCCAGUCUUGGGCCUGCAAUGAUGUUUUACGUUCGCUCAGUGGUAAACAUUUAGUGCAUUUGUUGAAAACUUAGUCCUCUUACUAGCCUAGUCCCUGACUUCGUAACAUCCUAGUAUCCAUCAGUUAGUUUCUCAUACAAAUUUGUAACAUCAGUUGCCCAUUAGAAGUGAAAAUACACGGGAUGGGCAGUCGCCCUUCUCUUAGCAUAAAAAGUGAGACCUAUUGCCUGGGACUAUGCCAGCUGAUGAGUCCUAAUGAGGACGAUUUAGCUGUUCAUGGCUGACCCUGCCGGGGUGAUCUGGUUGUGCUCAUGCGUAAGGUAAUGGCCAUACAGCAGAGUUGGUGCUUCAGUGCAGAAACUGGUAUUGGAGACUACCUUGCCUGCAAGAUGGCUCACUUAUGCUUAUUCCGGAAAAGGUUUUGCCGCCAUCACGCCAGGAAAAGUGAGCCUGCACGCGGGCUAUUGAUUUUUCAGUUUCGCCCCUUUCUUUGUGUCGAUACUAUCCAACAGGAGCAAAGCAAAUGUAAACAUAAUGACAGGAAGUUGCACGUGCAGAUGUUAUACUCAAAUGCAUCAGAGGUUACUUUUCCUCACGCGAGGGGCCGCCAAAAUUCUACCUGAGUUAGCUCGCACAAGUGAACCUGUUCGCAGGCUAGAGGCAACCAAUUGGCUAUUCACAAGCGUGGCCGAGGAUCUAAACUGGAGACGACCGAGAGCAAAUCCAGCAGGUGGCUAGAGUGGGACUCGAACCCGGUACCGCCCAAUUGCGAGCCCAAAACGCUGAGCACUCGGCCACGCUGCCUCCUCCAGAGGCGAGUAUGCGAGGCGCCGGGCAGAAUGCCUAGCGCGAUAGGCGCACUUAGCUAAAGCAAAGCUGGCCGGCACAGUCCUAAGGUAUAUCUUGCUUCUUUACAACGUUUUUAAUUAAUUCAACCUGUAAAUGAGUUUUCUGAUUUCUUACGCAGGCUGUGCUGAAGGUACGAAAGCGAGUGACCUUAAUGAUUGUAACAGUCAGUGCCAUAUUUGGUAUCACUUGGCUCCCAGAUACAAUCAUGCACACCGUCGAGGUAACAACCAGCCUUAAGUUCGGUCCCGUCGUAUUUCCUAUUGUUCACACAAUCAUCAUGUUCAACUGCGCUGUCAAUCCAUUUGUUUACGCGCUGAUCAACCAACGAUUCAGAGAAAAGAUGAGGAGAAUGCUGUACUGCAGUUCACGCUUAUUGGAACCAAGAAGUCGCUCAAAAUCUCAAUCGCAUAGCAUCGAGUUAGUAAUCACUCAGCCAAGGGCUUAG